AUGACCCGACCCGACCCGACAAUUUGUCUACUUUUAACGUCUCGAGAAGAAUUAACAAUGGAAGCAAUAAAACACGCUCUGAGAGCGCUUAGAAAGCGGCAUUUACUCGAGGAGGGCGCUCAUGCCCCGGCUAUAAUCGCCCUUUCGCGCCCCCUGGUUUCUCAGAAAAAUUCAGCCGACGAGUCGACAACUACAUCAAAAAAAUCAUCAACCGUAGAUCAAUCUAUGAAAUCCAAUUUGGACAGUAUCAUUCCUGAAGGGAUACGGAUGGCAAUGGAUCAAGCUCGCUGUAACUUCUACUGA